AUGGUUAAAAAGAUACAAUUAGGCUGUAUUAAGUCAAUAGGGUUAGAGGCAAUGAAAAGAGACGGUGUAGAGGAUUUGAGUGGAUCUGGAGGCAUCAAAAGAAAUUUUGAUGAUGGAUGGCUCGGAAUUAAGGAAAAUAGACAGGAAAACUGA